AUGCGCGAAUCACCUCGUAAUUUCUGGAGCAAGCACUUUUUUUCAGCAGCAACUCCGAAUGGCAGUCCGAGGCCUCAUGAGGUUGAAUGCAUAGAUCUGGAUGACGAGACCAAUGAACCUCCUGCCAAAAAAGCGAAAACUACCAGUGAUUCCAAUGACUCCGACGUUGCUGUUAUCAACGGAAAAGACGAGAAGUCACCGACGAAGAGUGAGGAUUCGAAGGAGAAGGAGGCAGAACUCACUAGUCCCGGGGCACUAUUGAACAAAUUGGAGGAAUAUGUUGCAGAUGCCAUUGAUAAUCGGAAGAACAUCGACAGAAAAGUUCUCGAUGCGUUAUUAGGAGCCAUAAAUGUGCAAGUGCAAAAGGAGCCGUUGAGUGUCCGGAAGCUCAUCCUCGACAAACAACUUGUACUGCCCAAUACUAUAUCAUUCCCACCAAGUCUGACCGUGGAUAUGCUCAUAGAACACGAUCCGGACCACCCGCUUUCCAAGGUUAUCACGCGGAUGUUCGGUGAGGAACGACCGAAGUUAAAUGAAUCGGAAAAGAAGGAGCGACAAAAUCUGAAGGUAUGAGU